GAGACGAAGGGAAAUGGGCGAUAUGGGAUAUGAGCUUGAUCAACUUAUUAGAAAAGCAAAAAGCGGAGAAAUGAAAUUUCCGGAAAAUCUAGGUACAAGUAUUUUACCAACUAAAAUAAACGAACAAGCAAUUUAUUCUAGUCGACCAUUAACACCAUUAAUUAGUAAAGCAUUGACUUUACAAAGCAUAAAAUUAAAUAGCAAUGCAAUUACGGACUCUGCCGAUGGUGGUGCUUUUUAG